AUUCCUGCAAAUAUAAUUUUUUAUUGAAUUGCAGCUCAAAUGGAACCUGUCUUUGAUACACCCCUCAGCCGCGUAAAAUUAACGGAAAAUCUCCGAACACAACUCUCCGAGCUCGAAAUGUUGGAGUCGAUGUUCUACAAUCCGGGUGAAAUUCGCGUGGACGACUUCAACGCGUUACGGGAAAUUAGGAAUUUCGUAAACGGAACGAACGACAUCAUACCGCCGUUUCUGGACAUCACAAUAAAUCUGUCGAUCGAAAAUCUCAAAUACGAGUUCUGCAUAAAUCUAUCACACGAGUAUCCGGAUGUCGAACCGGACAUUUAUAUUCGAAACCAUAAACUAAACCGGGAACAACAUGCCAAAAUAAACAAGGGAAUGUCCGACUACAUUGGCAAGCUGGAGAAGGGUGAAGUCUGUAUAUUUUCCGCCAUUUCCUGGCUACAAGACAACGCAUCUUGUUUUGUGGAGUUAGAGGAAGAAGUACCGGUGAAGAAAGUGGAAGAGAGUGAUGAACUCAUUCGUCUGUGGAUUUACUCCCAUCAUAUCUACAGUAAAACGAAACGACGGGAAAUUGUGGACUUGGCGAGUCAACUGAAACUAACCGGAUUUUGUUUGCCCGGUAAGCCGGGAGUUAUUUGCGUGGAAGGGUACAAGAGGGAUUGCGAGGAGUGGUGGCAGGCGAUUAAGUCGAUGAAUUGGAAACGGAUUUUUUGUAAAAUUAGCGAGGAGUGUAAGGGGGGUAAGGAGGGAAGCUUUUUAAAAUUCGAUAACUUCGAGGAAAAGAUCUUUCAAAAUCGUGAUGUUAAGUGCAAUCACAUGGAUAUGGGAGAGUUACACAAGUUUUUGGGGAUGCAUAAUUGUGAUUAUAUUUUUAAGGAUCUUUUUGGUGUUGAUUCAAGGAAUAACUCUGCGUUUUGAGUGUAAAUUUUUUUGGAGUCUAACCAUUUGCUCAACUUGUACAUAAAUAUUUUAGGAGGAAAAAUGUACCUAGUAUAAGUAGUUCUAAAAUUCAAAUAUUUUGGUUGCUGUUGGUUAAUUAUAGCAGAAUCGCAUUACACUUAUAUACACUUGUGAGUGGACAUUUUUGGGUUACCAAGUUACUUACUCACCUGCAUU